UAAAAAAGCAAAGAGCGAAAAAUAAGUGACUAUAUACAAUCACCAACAAGCCCCUUUCAUAGUUAUUGCUACCUAAGUGUUGGUUAAUUGUCACAAUACAUUAGUUAAAAAAAAUCAUAGAUAUCGUCGACCACGGCAAACAAACAUGUCCGUUACUGUUACUGCCGCCACUUCCGCCGCCGUGGGAUCCUUUCUUUCACGAUCCCCGCGGCGUCGGUUGACGGUGGCCCUCCGAUCUGACGUUGCCCCGUUAAAAAUGUUGACCAAACUGAAACACGAGUGUGCCACUCCUCUGCCUCUUCUUCACCACGUGGCCGACGCCAUGUCCGCCGGAAUGAGAGCUGGCCUCGCCGCCGACGGUGGACCUGGCCUUCCCAUGAUACCCACCUAUGUUGACAAUCUUCCCACUGGAAAUGAGAAAGGGCUGUUUUAUGCUUUGGAUCUUGGUGGAACAAACUUCCGUGUGCUAAGGGUGCAGUUAGGUGGGGAACAUGAGCGCGUGAUUGCCACUGAGUUUGACCAAGUAACCAUACCUCAGGAGCUUAUGUCUGGUACAUCUGAGGACUUGUUUGACUUCAUUGCUCUUGGGCUAGCAAAAUUUGUGGCUAAGGAGGAUGGUAGAUUUCAUUUCUCACCGGGAAGAAAAAGAGAGAUUGGGUUCACGUUCUCAUUUCCUGUGAAACAGACAUCUAUUGAUUCUGGCAUACUAAUCAAGUGGACCAAGGGUUUUUCAGUAUCCGGAACUGCAGGAAGAGAUGUGGUUGCUUGUCUGAAUGAGGCAUUGGAAAGGCAAAGACUAGAUAUGCGAGUUUCUGCUCUGGUGAAUGAUACUGUGGGAACAUUAGCUGGAGCAGAAUACUAUGACAAUGAUGUCAUGGUUGCUGUCAUUUUGGGUACUGGAACCAAUGCUUGCUAUGUUGAGCAGAUGAGUGCCAUUCCUAAGUUACAGGGACAUGUCUCUUCUUCUGGGAAAAUGAUCAUUAGUACUGAGUGGGGGUCUUUCUCAAAUGGUCUCCCUUUAACUGAGUUUGAUAGAGAAAUGGAUGCUGCUAGCAUCAAUCCUGGUGAGCAGAUCUUUGAAAAGACAAUCUCAGGAAUGUAUCUAGGUGAAAUUGUGAGACGAGUGCUACUGAAAAUGACUGAAGAGGGUGAUUUGUUUGGAAAAUCUGUACCACAAAAAAUCUCUAUGCCCUUCAUACUCGGGACCCCAGAUAUAUGUGCCAUUCAGCAAGACAAUUCUGGCGAUUUACAAGGUGUUGGGUCCCUCCUCUAUGAUAAAGCAGGGGUUGAAUCCAGUUUAAGUGAAAGAAAAACAGUUUUAGAGGUUUGUGACAUCAUUGUAAAGCGAGGUGGAAGCUUAGCUGGUGCAGGAAUUGUGGGGAUUCUACAAAAAAUGGAAGAGGACUCGAAAGGUCUCAUCUUUGGGAACAGAACUGUUGUGGCCAUUGAUGGGGGCUUAUACGAAAAUUAUCCUCAAUAUAGGGGUUACUUACUAGAUUCAGUCAAGGAGCUUCUAGGAACAGAAAAGUCAAACAAUGUGAUGAUAGAGCAUUCAAAAGAUGGAUCUGGCAUAGGGGCUGCUCUUUUGGCAGCUUCAAACUCCAUGUACAAGCAAGGCUUUUAGGGCAUUUACCAUCAUCAUGGACAAAGUUUGAGUAGUUCAAGUAGUAUUUAAUUAUAUUUGGAACCCUUUGAUUAAGCAUUGGGUUAAGAAUAAGAAAUUGAAGAAAGAUUUUCCCUUUUGUAACAUCGGAGGUGUAUGGGAGAAGAAAAGAUGACUUGAUUGAGG